AUGCUUCCCGGGCGCUGGGGGCGGCUGGUGACUUCCCAGCUGCUCCUGGUGCUAGUGCAUCUCCCGCAGACUCCCAGCCACCGAGCUACGGGACCCCGGUUUCUGAUAAGUGAUCGUGACCCUCAGUGUAACCUUCACUGUUCCCGGUCUCAGCCCAAGCCACUCUGUGCUUCAGAUGGCAGGACUUAUGAGUCAAUGUGUGACUACCAGAGAGCCAAGUGCAGAGAUGCAGCCUUGGGAGUGGUACAUCGAGGCAGGUGUAAAGAUGCUGGCCAAAGCAAGUGUCGCCAAGAAAGGGCUCAAGCACUGGAGCAAGCCAAGAAACCCCAGGAGGCCGUGUUUGUACCUGAAUGCAAUGAGGAUGGCUCUUUCACACAGGUGCAGUGUCAUACAUAUACUGGAUACUGCUGGUGUGUCACCACUGAUGGAAAGCCUAUCAGUGGCUCUUCUGUGCAGAACAAAACUCCUGUAUGUUCAGGUUCAGUCACAGAUAAGCCCUCAGGCCAUGGUAACUCGGGAAGGAAAGUCUCUUUUCGUUUCUUUUUAACCCUCAAUUCAGAUGAUGGGUCUAAGCCGACACCAACGAUGGAGACACAGCUGGUAUUUGAUGGAGAUGAAAUCACAGCCCCCACUCUAUGGAUUAAGCACUUGGUAAUCAAAGAUUCCAAACUAAACAACUCUAAUGUAAGAAAUUCAGAGAAAGUCCAUUCAUGUGACCAGGAAAGACAGAGUGCACUAGAAGAAGCUCGUCAGAACCCCCGGGAGGGCAUCGUUAUCCCAGAAUGUGCCCCUGGAGGGCUCUACAAGCCAGUACAGUGCCACCAGUCCACUGGCUAUUGUUGGUGUGUCCUAGUUGACACAGGACGCCCACUUCCUGGGACUUCCACUAGGUAUGAGACUCCUAUAUGUGAGAGUGAUGCCAGGUCAAAGAGUUCAGAGGUAGAUGAUCCAUUUAAGGAGAGAGAACUACCAGGCUGUCCAGAAGGAAAGAAAAUGGAAUUUAUUACCAGCUUGCUAGAUGCCCUCACCACAGACAUGGUUCAGGCCAUUAAUUCCGCAGCACCCACUGGAGGUGGGAGGUUCUCUGAGCCAGAUCCAAGUCACACUCUGGAAGAGCGUGUGGUACACUGGUACUUUAGCCAACUGGAUAAUAAUGGCAGCAACGACAUCAGCAAGAGGGAGAUGAAGCCCUUCAAAAGAUAUGUGAAGAAGAAGGCCAAGCCCAAGAAAUGUGCCCGGCGUUUUACAGACUACUGUGACCUGAACAAGGACAAAUCUAUCUCACUACAAGAGCUAAAAGGCUGCCUGGGAGUGAGAAAGGAAGGAGGUAGCAGCAUGGGUACCUUUCCUCAUGGAAAAAGACAAGGCAUUAACCCAUUCAUAGGAAGACUGGUCUAAGAGAAGGGCAGAUGGAGAGUUCAUGAAGAGAGAAUGGAUCAUCAGAGACCUUUGACCCUGACCAGUCACAUCCUGCCUAACAGGAGAGGUGCCCAAAAUGUUUGCACUUUUAAAUCAUUCUCUCAUUUGUGUG